GAACUUACGUCACUAUUUAUAUUAUUUCAUAGUACAGAAUUCGAGAUAAACAAUUAUUAAUUUAAUGUUUAUUUCAUUUUAUUGAACAUUUUAGUAUUUUAAUAUAUAAGUAUUUCUCACGUUUUAUGUCAAUACAAUUAGCUAACUAUUGAUACAUAUUCUACCUAUAAUAAUACUAUUUGAAGUUGGCGUAUUAAAUACAAAAUAUAAUGUUGUGACGUGAUUAUUUAGUUUAUUUAAACAUAUUUUUUAUUUUUUGUACAUUGAAUAUAACUAUUUCAUUGAAAUGACUUGGGGUUUUGUUACUUGCGGUCCUAAUGAGGCUCUUGUUAUAUCAGGUAAAUUAAAACAUCUCUAAUUUUUAUUAUAAAGUACAAAUAAUUUUAUAUUUAUUAAUUUGUCUAAUUAAGAAUAUACCUAAUACUAAUAUUAAAAAAUAAUACAUUUUCUUUCUCUAAAUGAUAACUUAAUUAUACAAUCAUCAUAACUAAUUAAUAAACCUAUUAGUAUAAAAUUAUGAUUUUUAAAAUACUAAAAUAGUUUAGUAGUUAUACAGUGUGAUUUUUUUAUCGCGAACCAGUAAUUAUUUCAAUAGAUUUUAAGUGAAUUUAAUUUCUGUUUUUUUUUAUCUUUAUGUUAUUGUUUAACACAUUGACCGACAUAACUGCUAAAGCAGUAAUAUGUGAAAUGUCAUAUUACGCCCGCCAAUAUUGCGAAAGCAGUAAUCUUUUCAAUGGUAUAGAAUCAUAGAAGACAGUGGACUGCUACAUUAUGGCAGUCUACACUGACAAAUUACAUAGAUUUUGGAUGCAGGUAUAGCACUACUAAUAUGACAGUAAAAAUUAUAUAACAAUUGUCCGUCAACGUGUUUAGCUUACUGUUUGCAUACUUUCGAUUUUCAAAUAGAAACCACCCUUUUUGAACACAGAUUUGAAUAGAGAAUAGGGUAAUAAAUUGUUUAUCUAUGACCCUUCUCUACUCCUCCGGUCUAAACUUAAAUUGUUUAAUUCAUAAACAGUAAAUCUGAUAUUAGUGUUAUGCCUAUUAAAAUUUCUAGAAAAAUAUUCUCUAUUCAAAUCUGUGUUCAAAAAGGGGGGUUCCUAUUUGAAUAUCAAAAGUAUGCACUUAUUUAAGGUAUAUGUAAUAGGAGUUAAAAAUCAAAAAUAGUUUUAAAAUAAAGCUUAAACAAUUCCAUAAUGAUUAGAAAAAGACAGAAAUCAAAUUCACUUAAAAUCCUCUGAGAUAAUUGUUAUUUCAUGAUAAAAAAAAUCAUAUACCUAAUUUUUUAAAUUUACUUUUUUUUUCAGGAUUUUGCUAUAAUAAACCAAAUUUAGUACCCGGUGGAAGAGCAUUUGUUUGGCCUGUUUUACAAUAUUGCCAGAAGUAAAUAUAUUAUAUUUUCUAUCUAUAGCAAAUAAAUGCAAACUUGUAAGAAUGAAGAUUCUAUGAUCAUCUUAAGAAUUUUAGAUAUCAAGCAUAACGAGUGGGAGCUAUUGGUUUUACUUAGAUGUUUUUUCUUUCUUCUAGUUUGUGGACAUAUUUUCCUAAUAAACUUGCUCCAAUUUUUACAUGUAGCACUUUUUUAGAAAGCUCAAGUUGUUAAGAUUGCAUUUUAGAGAUCAUUUUUUGAUUUUAAGUGUCAUUUUUUUUAUAAAUAAAAGCACUUAAGUGUGAAAAAACGUACAGUUUCACAGUUUCAUUAUUUUAUAAAAACACGGAGGUUUUCUACCAAAAAAAAAUGAUUUAAUCGAAAAAUCACAAGACACCUUUUUUGUUGCGUUUUUGAUUUACUUUCUUAUGGUAUCAUUACCAUAACUUUUGAGCUUUUAAGGAAUUUUAAUUUUUGGGAGAUUAUUUUGCUGCAAUUCAGUUAUAAAUACACGUAGAUACUUGAAACUUGGUAAUAAUAUUUAUAUUGGACUUACCUAGACAUAGAAAUAUUUCUAAAAUGAUCGGACAACUUUUUUUUUUAAUAAGCGUUGUUUUUGAAAUGAAGUUUUAAUAAAAAUCGUAUAAAAAAACGGCACUUCAAAUUAUUUACUACCGAGCUGUGCUACAAUUUCUAUUCGAAUUUAGAAAUAACAUAGAUAAGUGCCUUGGAUAAUAUUAAAACAAUUAAUAUUACCUAUUAUUUUAUGUUUUUAAUUUUGUUCUCUAUUUUGACAAGGUUGGCUUACUAAUGAGACAUGGGUUUUAACUUUCAAGUUCAAUUUUUCAAAUUUCUCAGACAGGUUUCUAUAUUUAUUUAUCUAGAUGAAUUACGUUAGAUAACUCAAUUAUUCAUCUUAGAUAAUUCAUCAAAUAACUAAUUUUGUUUAUUACCAAGAUAAAAUAAAAGAUAAUUAAUUAUUUAUCUAGAUAAUUUAUUUAGAUAAUGCUCAAUACUGGUUACAACAACAUUACGAUAAGUAAAAUGACAAUCUGUACCAAGUAUAAACGCUGCAAAUUAUUAUUAUAUUAUAUACCUACUAAUCAAAAAUACCAUGUCUUUAUUAAUAUAUACAGCAUUUUUACCUAGUAAAUAUGCAUUUUUCAACCAUUUAUGGCACUUUGUCAAAACCAAUAUUGUUUUAAUAAUCGUUUUAUCAAAUAAUAUUACUGGCAUAUUUUAGGCAUAUUAAUCUAAAAUGUCUGAAUUUUAUGAUUUUUUUGAUGUAUAUAACUAAUUUUACAAUAUUUAUUUUUAGGAGGCAGUUUAUAUAUAGAGCUGUGAAUAUUAAAUAGUUUUCAAUUUUUUUUCUUUUCAAAUGGUUUGUCUUCGAAGGGGAACAAAGAUUUGGAAAAACAUUACAUUUUUAUUUUCAUCCUCUUAGUACGAAAAAAAAAAAUAACUUUAUGUAUUCAUUUUACAAAAUGUUGUAAAAGAUAUUAUUGAAUAUUAAUUGUUUUCACACUUUUUUUCUAGAAAUUAAAAUGGCUAUUACUAAGAAAUUAUUCAUCAAAUAUGAAUGUGUGAUACAUUAAAUUUUUAGAAUAAUAUCUUUUACAAUAUUGUUAUUUUGAAAAUUUUGUAAAGUGAAUAACUAAAGUAAUUUUUUUUGUUUUUAGGGGAUGAAAAUAAGUAUUUAAUUUUUUUUCCAAAUUGAUUUCCCCCUUGAAGAUAAACCGAUUGAAAAAAAAAAUGAAAAAUAUUUAAUAUUAACAGCUCUAGAAAAAUCUGUCAAACAUGUUGGGACACACUGUAUAAGUUAUCAAAUUAUCAUUAUUAAGUUUAGCAAAAAUUGUGCAUAGUAAAGCUUUAUUUUUGGGGGUAAAACCACUAUCUACUUUUGAUUUUCAAAUAGCAACCUAUUUUAAAAAUUCCAUAAAAAGAUGGAGUAUUAGUUAAAAUCAAUUUUAGUGUUUACGUUUUUUUAUUUCCGUUGAUUAGUUGAUAAGAUAUUCCACUUUUAAGUUAAGGUUGGGGGAGAGUAGUGGAGUUUGUACGGCACGAGACGUGUUAAUAAUGCACCAUUACUUCCUUCAACUCAACUUAAAUGGAUCACCUGGUAUAAUAUUACUCUGUUAUUUAAUUUGCACAUAAUGUAAAAUAGGACCUUACCCGUUAAAAUAAAAUAUUAUAUUAUAUUUGUGUAUUUUUGUAAAAAUAAAAUUAUUUUUGUGAAGUUAAUUUAAAACAAGUUUAAUGUUUAAUAUUUAAAUUAAUUUGUUUUGCAUUUUUGUAGAAUAUGUCUGAACACUAUGACAAUUCAAGUUGAUAGUCCCAAAGUAUAUACAAGUCAAGGUGUGCCAUUAUCUGUUACUGGCAUAGCUCAGGUAAAGUGUUUACAUUAAAGUAGCAUUAUAAAAUUUAUUAAAUAAAUAAUUUUAUCAAAAAAAAAAAGUUAAAACUUGAAAACUAAAUUUUAAAAUAAUGCCAAUUUUAAGUAUCCCAUUAGCGAUGUCACCAUUAGUUUAAUAUUGUUCAUUAUAAAACCCAUCAUGUUUAAAGCUUUUGAUUUUAUUUAAAAUGUUUUAGUUUAGUGUUAAUUAAAACAUUAUAAUCAAUGGCAUAAGUUAUCAAUAGUCUGGGUUUUUAUAUAUUGUAACUGAGUAUAUGCAGUCUUAUGCAGGUAAAGAAUGUAGAUGAUUUGUUCAACCCAGGUUCCAGAGUUCACAGGAAAAAGUAUUUUUUUUUUAUACUUGAUAAUAUUACAGGGAUUAGAAAAUAUUUAGUAUAAUCAGCAUAUUUUGGAAUAGUUUAUAAAUUGCUAGACAAAAUUACUAAUAUGUUGUUAUUUUAAAUUAUUAUUAAUUUUGAUGUUGAUUUUGACAUUCAACAACCACUACGUAUAUACAAAUAUUUUUUUUAUCAUUUAGAUAAAGUAAAAAGUAAAAAAAAUACAUAUUAUAAAGCAUACUGGGCAAUUUGUUUUAUCGUUAACCAUUAUUUCGAAAAGUAUUGUCUAUUUUUUAAGUAUUAUUAUUUUACUUUUUUUCAAAAACAUAAGAAACAAUUAUUUCUUAAAUGUGACAUAAAUCAUUUUUUUUGUCACCCUUAUUGUUGAGGUUGAAACGUUUACAUACUUUUGAUUUUAAAAUUGCAACUUAUAGUAACAAUGCUUUCAAUAGAUGGAGACAUUGUUAAAAUAAAUUUUGGUGUUAACAUUUUUGAUUUCUCUCUAUCCGUUGAUGUAAAAUUCCACUUUUAAGUUUCAGUCAGAGUGAGUAGUGGAGCAUCAUUUGUGUGAAGGCAUGACAAUGCGUUUAAAUAAUGCACCACUACUCCCCUUCACCCAAAACAUAAAAGUGGAAUAUCUCAUCAAUAGAUUGACAGAAAUUGAAAAUUUUAAAUAUUAAUGGAAUUUUUUUAUAUAGGUUGCUAUUUGAAAAUCAAAAGUAGGUAGUCGUUUCACCCCUAAAAAUUAAAGUGAUAAAAAAUAAUGUAAAUGUUUAAUUGUAGUUGCUUAUUUUUUAAAUUUUCUAUAUGCAGAUUUUGAAAUAAGUUAAUACUUUCCGAAAUAAUGAGUGUUUAAUAAUAAAAGAAUCAUCUGUUAUAUUGAUUAAUUUUGCAUAUUUUUAUAAUUUUUAAGAGAACAUAGGAAAACAUUUGUAGUUUUUUUUAAAAAAAUAUUAGCAUAAUAUUUUAGUUGUUUUAAGAUAAUAUAAAUUCAGACCAUAACCAUAAUCCGGAUCAAGUUAUUCGGAUAGUUAUCAAUAUUGAAGAUCAUAUUGAAAUGUGUUUUAGUUUAUUUUUGACAAUCAGAUAUUGCUUGUAGGUCUUUAAUUUAUAGUUUUCAUUAAUUGGGAUCAAUUAUUUUAAAAUCUGCUCUUGGAUUUAAGUGAACAAUAAUACAAUUUAAUGUUUGCAAGUUCAUGAUUAUUUAUAAUUGUUCAAAUUGCAAAUCAAUUUCAUUCUCAAUCAUUCCUUAAUCAUACAUAAAAUGUCUUGUAAAGAUACACAAUUUUUUUAACAUUAUAUUGGUGCUCUUUUUUUUUGUAGUCUUAAUAUAAUUUGUUUUAAUAGUAAAACCAUAAUUUUAUAAUGUUAUACCUGACAAACGUAUUCAAACCUUUAUAUUUUAUUUUGAAUUACUUUUCAUAAUAUUUUGAUUUUGAUAUUUUUGUUAGUUACUUUAUUAAUUAUGUACAACUUUUUUAACUAUUGAUAAUUGAACGCUGAGGCCACAUUAAUCCUAUGCACUUUAUAAAAAAGUGAAAAAACCUUUGGUUAUAAAAAUACAACUAUAAGAUAUUAUAUGAUUAAAUUAUUGUAAUUAAAAUAAAUAAAUUACUUAUUAAAAAGUAUGUUUUUAUUGUUUUACUCAAUUCUUCCCAAUUUGUGAAUAUGGUCUAAUGUUUAUUAUAAUACACUUAAUAUAUAGGUUAAAAUACAAGGACAAAAUGAAGAAAUGCUUUUAACAGCAUGUGAGCAAUUUUUAGGUAAGCGUAAAGAGGAGGUACAUGAAAUUGCAUUACAUACUCUCGAAGGCCAUCAGCGAGCAAUUAUGGGUUCUAUGACCGUAGAGGUAUUUUUGAGUUUAAAACUUGGUAUACAUAAACUAAUUUACUAUAUAUUAUUAUUAGGAAAUUUAUAAAGAUCGGAAAAAAUUUAGUAAACAAGUAUUUGAAGUUGCUUCUUCAGAUUUGGUCAACAUGGGUAUAACUGUCGUGUCAUACACAAUUAAAGACAUUAGAGAUGAAGAGGUAAGAUGUGAUUAAAAUGCUUUUAAAUUUAUUAAAAAUAUAAAGUUAAAUUAUUAUUCUGUAAACGUUUCUACCAGAAAUCUUCCUCUAAUGUAUCAAGUAUUCUAGUGUAACUUCUUUAAUGAAAGAAAAUUUAAUCUAGUUGGUACUUUAGAGUGCUUAUUUUUUGAUUUAUCAUGGGUUUUUGAUAAGAAAUGGGGAAAAACCGAGAAAAUCUAUAUAUAAAUAUAAAAGAAACUUCUGGUAUAUCGUUUCAUAAAAUUGUAAAUAAAAUUCCCCUCUAUAUCCUAUCUUCCCAACUUCUCACCAAAAUUAGUGGCCCACAUGUCGUGUGAAAUAUGUCCAUCUCUUUAGAGCUAAAUCUUCAUUUAUGCUUAAUGAAUAUUAAACAGUCAUCAGUGUUUAUAUUUUACAUAUACUUAAAUACUUUCAAAAAUAUAUUUUUCUUGAAUUUCUAUAAUUUCUAUUUUUUAAAUCAAUAAUAAUCCAGAAUAAUUUUUUCCCCACCUUUUAUAUACUGUAUUUAUAAUUUAAUAUAUAUAUAUUAAUUAUGUUUAGUCUUGUUUUUAGGAUGUAAAUUAUUAGCCAGUUAGACAAUUUGUUGGUAUUUGUUUUUCUAUUUUUUCUAUUUGACUUAUAUCCAAAACUGUGUUACCUACUACUUAUUAUUUAUAGUCACAUUCUAUUAAUUAAUUUCAACAUUUAGGGAUAUCUUAGAGCACUGGGAUUGGCUAGAACAGCAGAAGUAAAACGAGAUGCUCGUAUUGGAGAAGCUGAAGCAAAAAAAGAAACAACAAUUAAAGAAGCAAUGGCAGAAGAAGAAAGAAUGGCAGCUAAGUAAUUACUUUUUUAUUUUUUAAUGACAAAUUAGUUUAAUUAUUGAAUGAUCUUAUUUAAUUAUUCAAAACUAAAAAGUAAAAUAAAACAGGUUCUUUGAAUAUUUGGAAGCUCAUAAAAAAUAAAAAUAUAUUUAUGUUUUAAAAACAAUAGCAAUUUUCAAAAAAAGUCAUCAGAUAAAGUAAUUACUAAGUGUUAAAAAGAAGGAAAAUAUAUUGUAAUACAUUACCUGAUUAUUGAUUAUAGAAAUGUAUUAUUUUAAUUUUUAAUUUAGUAUACAUUUUAUCUAUUGACUAUUAUAAUUAGGUCAGAUAUUUGUCCUAAAACUUAUUAAAUAUAUAUGCCUUUAAAAUAACUUUAUUUUAUUAAAGUAUUUAUAUUUAAAAUCAAACCCUAGUGUUGAAUACUUUUAUAUUUUUACCACAUAUAUUUUUUAUUCAAUCACUUUCAUUUAAGUCUGGACAUAAAACCUAUUUAAAAAUAUAAAAAUGUAAGGUGACUAUACAAAUUCUCCAAAAAUGUUAUUCUUAUUUGUUUAUUGUUUCACAUGUUCAGAAGGUUAUCCAAAAAAAUCAAACUUUUAAUUUAAAGUACUUGUUAUUAAACGCAGUACAUAUAAUAUAUACUGCCAACAACGACUACAAGUAUUAAAUAAGUAUUUAAAUACUUUUUAAAUUAAAUCUCGGUGUGUGUACUUGAAUAAUUUUAAAAAGUAUCAUAAAGUAUAUAAGUAUAAAGUAAUAUAAAACUGUUUAAAUAAAUUAGAAAACCCUUAACAAUCUAUUUGAAUGAAUCAAAUUAAUAAUAUUUUAAGUAAACAUGGAUACUUAAGUAAUGAGUGAUAAUCUCACCUGCUCCUAUUUUUUAAUUCUAAACAAUUAUUCUUAAAUUAUCGAUUUGUUGAGUUCGAAAUUUAUUAAACAUAUAUGGAAACUAUUAUUUGUGCUUAAAAUUUACAAAAUAUUGAAAAUGCAAAAUAAAAUUAUUUACAUUUAUUAUCCCAUAAAUAUCUUCCCUAAUACUAUUUAAAACAACAAUAUACAAAAUAAAAUAAUAUAAUUUUGAAUCACUUAUAAAAAUUUAAUUUAUGCUAUUUCUCUUUCAGAUUAAUCAAUGAUACAGAAAUAGCUAAAGCUCAAAGAGAUUUUGAACUUAAAAAAGCAGCAUAUGAUGUUGAAAUUCAAACAAAGGUAAAAUAGCUCAGUGAUAAUUUUGUGUAUAUAUAGUACAAUUUGUCAAAUUAUGAAUUUUAAACAAUAUAGUUAAUACUUUUUUGAAGGUAUCAAAGAAGUAAUAUUAUUUUUUUUUUUUAAGAGUUGACAUUUUGACAAAAAUCUUAAACAAAAUCACCUCCCCAACGUUUACCUACUGUAACUUUGACAGUCUUGUAAACAGUAUCAACUUUUUUUUUUGUAAUCCAUUAAAAAAUAAUUGUAGACUGUUUAACUGAACAUUGAUAUUAAUUUUUUAAAAUAUAAUAUUUAAAUUUUAUAGAAAGCUGAAGCAGAAUUGGCUUUUGAACUUCAAGCUGCUAAAACAAAACAGCGCAUAAAAGAAGAACAAAUGCAAAUUAAUGUUGUAGAAAGAACUCAACAAAUUGCUGUCCAAGAUCAAGAAAUUCAAAGAAGAGAACGAGAAUUAGAAGCAACUGUUAGAAGACCAGCAGAAGCUGAAAAGUUUCGGUAAUACAAUAAAAAUUGUUUUCUUAUUUUGGACCACUUUAAUUUGGCAGAUCAAUAACUGUGUAUAUUACAGAUUUGAUUUUUUUUUUUAUUAUUUUAAAUCUUUGUUUAGAAACAGUAGAGUUUUCUAACCAUUUCUGAUUAAGAAAUAAACAUAAAUAGACAAGUGUUUUAGGUAUCUCGUCAUUUUUCAAAAAACAAUGUAACUUCUAUUCAAAUUGUUUAAAAAGUAAAGUAAUUAUAAUUUGUGUAUUAAGAUAGUAUUUAACAAAAUAUUGUUCAAGAGGUUAAUAUUCAAAAAUCAAAUAUAUAAAAGAUGGACAUAUUUCGAACGUGGAUGGGCCACUGUUAUAGGUGAGAAGUUAGGAAGGUGGGAAAUUUAAUGUAUAUCUGUACCGAAAGAUUAACCAUUAUUCAAGAAAAAAAAAUUCUGGGCGAAGUUUGGUUGAUAGUAUUGCUUUGUUUACAAUAUAUUUGUCAUUAUGGUCAAAUCAUAACAUGUGCAUUAAGCAUUUUCUUAAAUGUUUGUUUAAACAGGUACAAUAUUUGUUUAAUAUUGUCAUUAAAGUACACUUCCCUAAAACUGCAAGUUAUUUGCCAUAGAGUAUAUUAUUUAUCUUAGUUUGUGGUAUGUAAAUUAAAUUUGCUUAUAUGUUAUAUAUUUAACAUAUACAUUAUACAUGUAUUUAUUUAUAUAUAUUUGUAAUUAACAUUUAAAAGAGAAUAUAUUAGAAAUGUUUAUACACUAUUAUCAUUAUUUUUAAUUACAAAUUGAAAUAAAUUAAAUAUUGUUUUUAUAUUUAAUUCAUGAUAACAGUUUAGAGAAAUUGGCCCAAGCAAAUAAAACUCGAAUUAUAUUGGAAGCUGAAGCUGAAGCUGAAACAAUCAGGCUUAAAGGAGAAGCAGAAUCAUUUGCUAUACAAGCCAAAGCUAAAGCUGAUGCAGAACAAGCAAUGAAAAAGGCAGAAGCGUGGAAAGAAUAUAAAAAAGCUGCUAUUAUUGAUAUGGUUCUUGAAACAUUACCAAAAGUAAUUUAUUGUUUACACCUUUGGAUUAUAAAAAUUAUUUUAAUUUUUCUCUUGAUAAAAUAUGUUUAGCUUGCUGCUGAAGUUGCAGCUCCAUUUGAGAACACUAAAAAGGUUACAAUGGUGGCCAGUGGUGAUGGUGACGUGGGUGCUGUUAGAUUAACAAAUGAAGUUAUUCAAAUUGUUAAUAAAGUACCUGAAAUGGUAACUACAUUAACUGGAGUUAAAAUAAAUGAUAUCAUGUAAGUUUUUUUAAAAAGGUAUUAAUUAUAUUUGAUUUUUAAAGAACAUUUUUAGUUUAAUUUCUUUUAUUUACUAUUCAAAAUAGUAAUAUAUUGAUUCUGAAUCAAGUACCAAUGUGUAUAAUAUUCAUCAGAUUUAGCAUAUAGUUAGAUUUUUUUAUCUGCAGAUUCUAUCAUAUUAUGCCUGCAAUGUAUUCCAUAAACACUAUUAGAUACUUCUUCUUUAUUUAAUAUUUAUUAAUUAUGCUCAUAAACUCAUUCAAACUUCUACUAUUAAAUCUUACAAACAUAUUUCAUUUUUUUUCUUUCAAUGUUAUACUUUUGUUAAUUUUUCUAAUAAUUACUUACUUAAUUUCAGAAAAUUAAAUUAAAUUUUAAACAAAUUGAUUAAUAGAUCAAAUGAGAACACAUCAAUUAAUUUUAUAAAUUGUAAACCUAAUUAACAGGAAUUGUCAAAUACUAUUUAACUUUAAGAAUGUAAGAAAAAAAAUAUUCUUAAUACUGUUUAAAUACUACAUAGAGUAUAAAUAUAUAUUUAUUUUAACUUGUAACAGGAAUUUAUAAGAAAACAGGCUGGAAAUUCGAUCAACUUAUUUUUAUCAUUAUAUUUUUUAUAAUUAUGCUUAUGAACUUAUUCGUCUUCCUAUAUUUUUCAAGUAAACAAAGAACAAUAGGUAUAUUGUUUAAACAGAGCAUACAAUUUUUGCAGUUUAUUCAAUGUGCUUAAUAUUAAUUAAUUAUUUUACUUUAUCUAUUGCUUUUACUAUAUUUUGUAUGUAUGUAUGUGUUGUGCUCAUGUGUUUAUAUUUUAUGUAUAAUUUUAUCAGUUAUUUAUGCUACUCUCAAUUUACUAAGAGUACAUUUGCCUUAUAUCCAUUUAAUUUUUAAUUAUUAUUUACUUAGCCAUAAAUUAAUUAACUUAAUUUUUAUUUUUUUAUUUUAUAUAAUAUAUUUUUUUUUCAAUAAAAUGAUAUUAUUUUAUUUAUUGGAAAACAAGAAUAUGUCUAUGCUUUAUCUAGGUACUGUAAAAUAUAUAAUUAAUAUAUUUUAAUGGAGCCAAAAAUGUUUAAAAUAUAAUAAGUUAAUUGAAUAUAUAAUAUUAAACAAUAUUCUUUCAAGUUUGUAGUUUACCAAUAUUCAAUAAUUGUGUGUGCUUAUUAUAAUUAUACUUAUAUUCUAAUAAACACUUUUCUAUUCAUGAAAUAAAUACAGAAUUUGUUUUAAUGUUUUCCUUUUUUAUUUUUAUUCAAAUGUUAAUACUCAAUUAAAAAAGAAAUUUAUUGUAUUCUUUUUGAGAUUUUGAUCAGAGAUAGCUUGAGAGAAAGGAUAAUAGUAUUCAUAUUCAGGAUUUAAGUAUUUAAUUAUUUAAUGAUAUGUAUGGCUUGGAUUUUUAUGUAAUAAAAGUUGAAAUAUGUAAAUAUUUAUGUUAUUUUUGCCAGAC